AUGGCUGCAUAUCUCACCAACCGCAUCUGCCAUCCUCACCACGGCAUUCCCGUAUCGAGACCCGAAACUCCUGCCCCCGCAAAGACUGAGAAAUGCAGCCAUCCCAUUGUUAACAAAGCUGCAAAGGACGUUCCCUUCUUCACCCCCGAGCAGGAUCCUCCGGCUGGUCUGGCUAUUCAGCCCAGUGACGGGAGCCGUGUUCCUCGACUCUUUCAGCCUCUCAAGAUUCGAAAUGUGACUAUGCAGAAUAGAAUCUGGGUCAGCCCUAUGUGUCAGUAUUCUUGCCAUGAAGGGUUCAUGACGCCUUGGCAUAUUACGCACUACGGCGGUAUGGCUCAGCGUGGUCCGGGUCUUAUGAUGAUUGAAGCAACUGCCGUCCAAGCUAAUGGCCGAAUUACACCUGAGGACGCUGGUAUCUGGCUCGACGCCCAUGUCGACACUCUCCGCAAGAACGUCGACUUUGCACACAGCCAGAACACCAACAUCGCCAUUCAACUCGCCCACGCAGGCCGCAAAGCAAGCUGCGUAGCACCCUGGCUCAGCGCCGGCGCCACAGCCACCGAGGAAGUCAACGGGUGGCCCGACGAUGUCGUCGGCCCCAGCGACGAGCCCUUCAACGAGAACAUGCCCACCCCGCGCAGCAUGAGCAUCCAGGAGAUCAACCAGCUCAAGAAAGAUUUCGUCAAAGCUGCCAACCGCGCCGUCACCGCUGGCUUCGACGUCAUCGAGCUUCACUUUGCGCACGGCUACCUUGUCAGUUCGUUCCUUACACCUAGUGUUAACAAGCGAACGGAUCAGUAUGGUGGAAGUUUUGAGAACAGAGCAAGGCUGGCGCUUGAGCUUGUUGAGGAGGUUCGUGCUGUUAUCCCUGAGACGAUGCCGCUUUUUGUGAGGAUUAGUGCGACGGAUUGGUUGGAUACUAACCCUGACUACACCGGCGAGAGCUGGACCGUCGAUGAAGCUGCGAAGCUCGCUGUUCUCUUUGCUGAGCGCGGUGUCGAUGUGAUUGAUGUAUCCAGCGGCGGAAACCACCCGCAGCAGAAGGUUCAAGGCGGACCAGGCUAUCAAGCCAAGUUCGCGAAGCACAUCAAGAAGGUUGUUGGCGACAAGAUGCUCGUUAGUUCGGUGGGAAGCAUCAAGACCGGUACACUUGCUGAGGAGAUCAUCUCUGGAAAGGACGAUGGAGUCAAGUUGGAUCUUAUUGCGGCAGGGAGGAUGUUCCAGAAGAAUCCUGGGUUGGUGUGGGCUUGGGCUGAUGAUUUAGAUGUUGAGAUCCAGCUUGCGCAUCAGAUUGGAUGGGGAUUCGGGGGUCGGGCUACGAAGAAGCAGGAUCAUGUCAAGAUGAGCAUUCCUUGA